CGCAGGUCCAUGGUACCACUCAAAACUAAUUUAAAAUUCUAAAUGUUUGAUAAUAAAUUAUAAAGAAGUAUAAUUUAAAACAUAUUUGUCUUCUUCUCUGAAAGAACAGUCAACAUAUUGAAAAAAUAAACUGCCAGACACAAAGAAUGGAAGAAACCUGUUUACUGCUCAUCCUACUGCUCUCAGGAGGACUUUCCACUCUUCCUCCCCCCUUCAGAGAAUACCACUUUGUGAACCAGGAAAUGACCUGGACUGAAGCUCAGAGUUACUGCAGAGAACACUUCACUGACUUGGUCACCAUCUACAACAGCGACAUCAACCAACUGCUUUUCUCAAUGUCACCAAGGAUCAAUUAUUAUGCUUGGACAGGGCUCUAUGAUGAUCGUUACAGCUGGAAGUGGUCCAUGGAGGGAAAACUUUUUUAUGUUGGCAGAACUCAUACAUUUUUGAUCUGGGCUAACGGCCAACCAGACUGUCUAAAUGCAAAUGAAUACUGUGUGGCUCUUCAAGGACAAACACAGAUGGUUGAUAGACCCUGUGGAGAUUCUUACCCUUUCCUGUGUUACAAUGCCCAAAAUUCAAGUUACAUCUUAGUGAUGGAGAACCAAACAUGGUCAGCGGCUCAGUCGUACUGCAGGACAUACCACACAGACCUGACCAGUAUAAGAAGCAAAGAGGAGAAAUCCAAAAUCACGCUCACUUUGAAAGGAUCAGGGGUUCAGUAUGUGUGGAUUGGCCUCUACAGGGAUCCCUGGGCCUUCUGGUCUGACAAGACCACCUCCACAUUCACUAACUGGGAGCCUUCUGACCCUAAUAACCUCGAUUCACUUCAGUUCUGUGGAGCAUUAUAUUUAAUGACAGGGGAAUGGGCUGAUGGCAAUUGUGGCAGAAGAUAUUAUUUUUUCUGUUUCACAGCAGAGAAAAAGCAAACCGUGCUGAAAAUGAAGCUUCAGUCAGAGGCAGACAUGCACAGCACAGAGAUCCAGCAGCAGGUUUCACAGCAGCUGUCAGGCCUCAUGCUGUCAGAAGGACUGACAGACUUCAGGAUUCGUUGGAGGAAAGUCCAGAAUUACCGUGACGACCAGUUGAAGAGGCAGGAUGUGGAUGGUGGCUGCAAAACUGAAGUCUGACUGGACUGAACCACUUCAUGUGUGAAAUUAAUAACAUGUUGUGCUGAGCUGUCUCAUCAUUUAAAUCUUUCAAUAUUUCAGAGUGUAAAAUUCCACCAACAGCUCAUUUGUUCAGCUGCAGUUGUAGUUUGGUAGAAAUUCUUUAAUCAGAGGUCCACUCACUAGUUUUCCUGAUAGGCUCUAGUCUCUUGUUUUGUUUUGCAGCAUCGCUUUCAACACUUUAGACACUGUCCCUCUCUGGACGUCACUGCACAGGCUUUGUCUGUGUGCAGUUUAUUAGGAUCCAUAGUUCUGUUGCAUUCUGACAGCAACCUCUGCUGACUUACACAUAUGGAAAUGAAAAAAAAGAGCAGCUGUAGUGGAAACAGGAAGGUUGAGAAAAAGAGAGCUGACUGUUGUUGGGACGUAUGUUAUACGCACGUUGCAGCUAUGCUUUAUAGUAGAAUUGUGUUUAAUAUAUAACUUUUUAUCAAUGAUAGUAAAAGGUUCAAUCCCAAUGUUCCUGCUCAGACAUGAAGGCUGUCCCAGAGUGAAACGGGAGGAGCCUGAGGACUCACAACAAUUCUCUUGAAUAUUUUUUGUGAGUCUGUAUGUCUGCAGAUAAACCCACAGUUUAUAGUGCUGUGAUGUUAACCACAGCUAAACCAGAGCAAGCAUGAAAGCACAAGAGAAAAACUAAGCUGAAAUAUGCA